AUGCGGGCAUCUCUGACCUCCAGCAGACAAGUCGAUACUCAAACCACAACAGUUAGUGGAAUUCAGAGACGUCUUCGACAGAUUCACUAUCAAAGUAGGGUAUUGAAGGUCGGUGGAACGGUGUGUCUGUUACUUUCCGUCGCCGCUUUCAUCACCGGUGCCGCCCUGAUGAUUCUCGAUUUCGAUGGGAAUGACGAUGAGUACUACGUGGAGAAUGGAAUUGUAAAAACCCGGAUGGGUAUGUUCGACUACGGCGUCAUUGUGAUUGGUGUAGCAGUUGUGUUGAUCGUUUUCUCCGCCAUUUUCUGGGGUCUCCUCUGCUUCCUACCCGCCUCUUCGAUGGCAUCUCUGCAGGCCGUCAUCGCAGCUUCUGCCUCCACGGUAGGUCUACACAGGUAG